AUGUCCGCUUCAUCUUCCACGACCGGUGGUCGGAGACGAGCACGAACUCCAGGAAUACCUAGUAAGUGUUGGUGCGGGGUGGGCAUCACCGAGAUCAUCUCCAAAACCAAUCAAAACCCAUAUCGCCGGUAUUAUCGGUGUAUCUAUGCGGCGUCACUAAGGCUUGAGAACGACAAUCAUGUCUUCAAAUGGGUUGAUAAAGCUUUCACUGAUGAGAUACAACAGUUGGACAACCAAGUUCGAAUGCUAGAAGAAGAAGUUCAAUUUCUCAAAGCAACAAUAAGGAGUGAAAGUGAACUCAGUGAAGGUCCCAAAAUAAUGGAGCCCAAGAUAAAGAUAUCAGGAGGUUGUGUUAUUCUUGCUGUCGUUUUAGUUCUAGGAAUUAUGAUGUACAAGAAGUAA